UCUGGCCUCGUCCGACGUCUCUCUUCCGUCUCUUGGAAGUGCCUACCGCCGCCUCUGCUCUCCGCUCCCCACUCGUGAUUCUAGGGUUGGAUCGCUCGAGAUGGACAAGGGUGCCGUCGCCGUCGCCGUGGCCUCUGCCCCCGCCUCCUCCUCCUCCGCCGCUGGGAAGAAGGCGAAGCGUUUCGAGAUCAAGAAGUGGAACGCCGUCUCCCUCUGGGCCUGGGACAUCGUGGUGGACAACUGCGCCAUCUGCCGCAACCACAUCAUGGACCUCUGCAUCGAGUGCCAGGCGAACCAGGCGAGCGCCACCAGUGAGGAGUGCACCGUCGCUUGGGGAGUUUGCAACCACGCAUUCCACUUCCACUGCAUCAGCCGUUGGCUCAAGACCCGUCAAGUGUGCCCUCUAGACAACAGCGAGUGGGAGUUCCAGAAGUAUGGUCACUAGACAGUCAUGGCUUGGGCGCGAAAGUUGUUGCUUCAUGUUUCACGGUAGUUUAGCAGUAGUGGUAACUGAUGAUUCAGAACAGGCUUGGGAUGGUUAUUGUGUGUGAGGCUUAGACUUUUGGUUGAAACCAUAUUCAUCCUUGGGGCACUGUUCAGCAACUCUUCCUCCCUUAAAAGCUGUAGAGGAAUAUCUCUAUUUGCAGAAAUUAAGUGGCAUUUGGUGGCUA